CUUGAAACAAUUUGACUUUUUUUAGUUUUUCAUUGAUACUUUGUGGUACUUACUCAUUUACGACAUCAACUUCAGAUUGCUAAUUCAGAAUUUUAUAGAAACUAACCACCAACAUUCUACUCCCAUUUUAAUGUUUUGGUCAAGAUUAUGCAAAGUCAUAUUAUUUUAAGAGAUUGAUUAAGAUGUGACAUAUUGAGUAUAAUAUAAAUGAAGAAUUUAGUUUGUCUAUAUUGAGUAGAAUUACUGCUUUUAUUCUACUUUUUAAGAGGCCAAAGUUGCCAAUUUGAUUCUUGUUGCAGGAUAGUUGUAUUUACAUAUAGAUUAUUAAAAAGGCCAUAAAUUUCAUUUCCCAAUUGUAUAUACUGUUAAGUGAAGGAGUGGACACUGAGCAAGAGAGUAUUGUUAUCAUUAUUAGUAGAAUUCAAAGGUAGUUAAUACAAUUUUAUUCUUCAUAUUUGGCAAGCAUCAUCUUUUAAUUUAAAUUCACAUAAUGAAAUGUUAUCUCUGCAGUUAUUCUUGGCUAGAACUUUUAGUUCUUCAUCAAAAAGAAAGGAAAGAUAUUUUGUUUGUUUUGGUAUAAAGAAUGGUAUCAAUUGAUUCUUCACCUAAGUUUCUGGCUUUAUCUUAGUUGAAUGAUGAUUAUAGAGAAUUUUCAGUGAAAGAGAUCAUGGAGAACAUCUGGUACAGGUUUAUUAACUUGGGGUCCAUGAACUUCACAGAAAUCCAGGAUGGAUUUCAAGAGGUCUGCAAACUUGGGAAUCCUGAGACGUGUGAUGAGGGAACAGUAUCUACUUACUGAAUGAAGAUUUCAGCUUCUUGCUACUGUGAACCUGUUUAUUAAAGAAUCCACCUGCCUUCCCUUAGUUAAAAUUUUAUCAUCUUCAUAGACUGGGUUUUCUUCAAGUUUUCCUGAUUCCUUCUUUAUUAGAAGAAUUUCUGGUCAGAAUGUAACAGUUGAUCAAUGUCUGAUUGCUAUUCAAGACAAUAGACUAAUAUUCCCUUUCUAAAGUUAUAUCUUAUUCACUCUAAAAACAAUCUUUGACAUAAAUAGAAACCAAGUCCUUGUUGAAUACUUUUAUUGAACAUGACUCAUGGAGAAGAGCUUGGCUCUGAUAUGCACCAGGAUCCUAUUGUUUUAACUUACCUAGAGGGAUUACUAAUGCAUCAGGCAGCAGCAAGGUCAGCUACUGUAGUUGACAAAAAGUCUACUGGGCACAGUGGAGAGGAUCAAAACUUCAAGAUUUCUGGAAAUAUAUUUCCCACCUGUCAAAAUAAUGGUCCGAGUCUCAACACAAAUACUUAUCAGGGAUCUGGCAUGCUACAUCUCAAAAAAGCAAGAUUAUUACAGUCUUCUGAGGACUGGAAUGCAGCAAAGAGGAGGAGGUUGUCUGAUUCAAUUGUAGAUUUAAAUGUAAAACAGGAAGCUUUGCUAGCUGGCAUGGUUGAAAAUGUGCCUAAAGGCAAACAGGAUAGCACAUUACUUGCCUCUUUGCUUCAGUCCUUCAGCUCUAGGCUGCAAAGUGUUGCUCUGUCACAACAGAUUAGGCAGAGCCUCAAGGAGCAAGGAUAUUCCCUUAGCCAUGAUUCUUUAAAAGUGGAGAAAGAUUUAAGGUGCUAUGGUGUUGCAUCAAGUCACUUAAAAACUCUUUUGAAGAAAAGCAAAAGUAAAGAUCAGAAACCUGAUGCUAAUAUAUCUGAUGUAACUAAAAAUCUAAUCAAAGAUGGAUUUAUAGAGUUACCUCACACUGGACAGAGUGGAGCAAAGGUUAUUAAUGAACCCUUGUCAUGUGCUGCAAGACUCCAGGCUGUUGCAAGCAUGGUAGAAAAAAGGUCUAGUCCUGCUACUUCACCUAAGCCUAGCGUUGCUUGUAGCCAGUUAGCAUUACUUCUUUCCAGUGAAGCGCAUUUACAGCAGUAUUCUCGGGAACAUGCUUUAAAAGCACAGAAUGCAAACCAGGUGGCAAGUGAAAGGCUUGCUGCUAUGGCUAGACUACAAGAAAGUGGUCAGAAGGAUCUUGCCCAUUUUCCAUUGUCAAAAGGAUUGUCAAGCCAUCUUAAUGGUCAAGCAAGAUCAUCAUCAAAUAAGCAAGUAGCUGACAAAAAUGUUACAGCUUUUCAAAGUCCAAUGGGAAUCCUUCCAUCUCCUCCCAGAAAUGCAGAAUAUAAGAGCACAUUGGAGAGAAACAAUUUAAAACCAGCUGCCAAUAAUAGUUUGCUUUUACAUCUUCUUAAAAGCCAGAAUAUAACUAAACCAACUAGUGGACAUGAUCAGAAGGAGAGAGUUAACAUUUUUGAGGAUAGUAGUACACCCACAACUAUUGAUGAAUAUUCAGACAAUAACCCUAGUUUUACAGAAGAUGACAGUAGUGGUGAUGAAAGUUCUAACUCUAACUGUGUCCCCAUAGAUUUAUCUUUCAAACAUCGAGUUGAAAAACCCGAGUCCAGCCAGCCUGCCUCUCUAGAUAAUCUUACUCAAUCCUUGCUAAAUACUUGGGAUCCAAAAGUUCCAGGUCUCAACGUCAAAGAAGAUAGAGACACCUCCAAAAAUUCUAAAUUGAAUCCUCACCAAAAAGUAACACUUCUUCAGCUGUUACUUGGACAUAAGAAUGAAGAAAACCUAGAAAAAACAACUGGUUCUCAGGGAUCACAUAGUAAUGUGACAAAAUUCAGUGCACAAAGUAGUAAGAGAACUCCUGUAUUAGAAAGCCCCAAUGUAAAUCAAGCAACUCCAGUGAGCACUCCACCUUUGCUUACAUCUGCAAAAGCAGAUUCACCUAUAAACCUUUCUCAACAGUCUUUAGUCAAACACAGUUCACCCCAGUAUGUUGGUAAUGUUCAACCCAAAAGACUGAUGAAUCCAGCAUCUAAACACUUGAUAGAUCUUACCAAAAAUAAAGAAUUGCAAGGAACUAAUAAGCCCAACCAAAAUGACAGUGCACAAAAUUCUACAACUUUCAGUGCCAGCAAGCUGUUACAGAAUUUGGCUCAGUGUGGAAUGCAGUCUUCUGUAUCAAUUGAAGAUCAAAAAACAAGCAAACAUCUGUUAAAUGUAAACAUAGAUAAACCUGUAGGUUUGAUUGAUAGACUAAGUAGUCCUCUACUCUCAAAUAAGCCAAAUAUACUUGAAGAAAAUAAUAAAACAUUCAAUAAUCAGUCAACAGUAUCUGAACCUGGACUCUCUGGUUCUGAAAUAGAAAAUUUGCUUGAACGACGGACAGUUCUUCAGUUACUACUAGGAAAUCCCAACAAAGGUAAAAGUGAAAAGAAGGAAAGAAUUUCUUUAAGAGAUGAAAGUUCCCAAGACAAUGCAGAUAAAGCUUUAAAUGAGCAAAUAUUAACCGUAAAAAUAAAAUCUGAACCUUGUGAUGAUUCACAUAUCUUCCAUAAUUUGAAUGUCCAUCAAAGCCAAGAUGCAAUAAGUAACAGAUUCUUAGGUGUGGUUCCUAGUCUGCAGAGAAGUGCAGCUGCUUCACCAGCAUCUGAGGACUUCAAAUCAGAGCCUCUUUCACCUCAGGACUUUUCUUUUUCUAAGAAUGGCUUGUUAAGUCGAUUAUUGAGACAGAAUCAGGAGGUUUACUCUACAGAUGACCUGGACAGAAGUCACAGGAAUAGUGAACUGACUCUUUUAGAGUCAAAGAGUCUUUAUACUGUUCCUAAGAAGAGAAAACUUCAUAUUGAGCCUUCAGAAAGUCCAUUUAAAAAAAAGAUGAAAAGUCAUGUUUCUGAUGGUGCAAAUAAUCAUAAUCCUUCUACAGAAUUGUAUGGGCCUUUGCUUAACAAACAAGAAAUGAAAUGUAAUAGAAAUGAUCUUGAAUUUAAAUAUCCAGCAUGUCAUGGUUCAAAUAAUGAACAUGAAAAUAGGAGUUGGUCUAGAGAUGGUAAAGGCUUUAAUGUGUUGAAACAGCUGCUUCUCUCAGAAAAUUGUGUGAGAGAUUUGUCACAGCAUAGGAAUAACACUUUAACAGAUGUUAAGAAGAAAGGAAACAAAAAUAAUGUAAUCAAUAGCAAAUCUGAAUUUAGCAUUUCUUCUUUAAAUGGAGUUAUGAAUCAUUCUAGUCAACUUAAUAAUUGUAUAGAUAAUGGGACAUUUUCAUAUCCUGUAGCAGUAAGGAGCCCUUCCAGUUCUCCCUUCCAGUGUUCUCCUGAGCACUUGGGCAAUGCGGUAUCUAGACAAGAAUCUGGGCAGUUAAGUGUGUGUCCCAUUCCCAGUGAAAAGGGUCCCAUUAAGUGGGUUAUUACAGGUAUGGAUAAAAAUGAAUGUGAAAAAGACUCACCAAGACUGACUAAAACCAACCCAAUUCUGUAUUACAUGCUACAGAAAGGAGGUAAUUCUGUUAGCAACCAAGAAGCACAUGACAAGGAUAUUUGGAAUGAGUCAUUUGCAAAAAAUGCUUCACAGGUCACAGUCAAGGAAGAGUUGCUUCCUGCUGCAGAAACUAAAGUUUCUUUCUUUAAUUUAAGAAGCCCUUACAAUAGCCAUAUGGGGAAUGUAGCUUCCCACCCACAUAAUACAAAUGGAGAAGUUUAUGGACUCCUGGAAAAAGUACUAACCAUAAAAAAAGAAUCUGAAUAAAAUCUGCCAUCAAGAUUUGAAUCUUUGUAAAAUUAAUAUGAACUUGAAUACUUUAUAAAUAAGAGCAUGAGUUGAAAAUAGCAUGUUCUAAUUGAAUUUAUUUUUCUUCAUUUGGAAAAUUAUUGGUUACUGGUGAUGUUUAAAAUAGGCAUAACUCCCUUUUGCUUUACAUUAGCUAUCACAGGAAAACUAUUGAACAAACAGUUGGUUGUAUAACACUUCUGUAUGCAUCUGACAGCACCUGUGAGUAGUUUGUGAAUGAAAAUUUUUUUUCAACUACCAGUAAUUUAAAUUAAUUUAAAUACACAUAAAUUAAAAUGUAAAUCUGAAUCCAUGGUAACAGUAAUUCAUUUUCUUCCAAUUUGUGUACUAUGGUACUGAAUCUCACUUUGGGGAAGCAUAACAGAGCUAGCAUUUCACACACACACACACACACACACACACACACACUCACACACACACACAUGUUUUUUAAAGACUUACUUUUAAAACAGUAAUUAUUCAAUGGAAAAACAUAGUGCCUGCUUACUUAUUACUCAAUCCAAAAAAGAAACUUGAGAGAUCUGUUGAAAGUUUUCAGUUACUCAAAAAAAUCUUGUUUUAAAUUUUACAGGUUUUUUGUUCAAUUCUUUUAAUUCAUUUCUCCCCAACUUCCUGUCCUUCCCUGUAGCAUUACCAUAUUUCCUUCAUUAUAUAUUUUCUUUUAAAUCUUUAGUACCAUUUAAUCAAUAUGAGUAAUACGAAGGGGAGGAAAUGAUAGCUCCUUUUAAAGAAAGAAUCUUCAAAUUUUUUAUUUCCUUUACACCCAAUUUCAUUCUUUGCUUUUUAAGAAUUGAGAACUCUGAAACAUUGCUUAUAAUAUAUUGAAUGUUUGGAAUUUCUCAGAAAUGAUAUUUUGUAACAAGAUCAAAAUGCUUUAAUUUCUGUCAUUUUCACAUUUCAACUUGCCUUGUUUGCAAAUCAUAAUUAUAACAUUUCCUUUGAUUCUCAUGGUUCUCCUAAGAAUAUAGAACAAGAUUAUUGAAGCCAGUAUUACUUCCUAAAACAAAAUUUACCUGGAUAUCCACACCUUAAGGGUGCCUUAAGGUUCACACAGUAUCCUUAACAUCUUUGGAAAUUUAGGUUCAAAACUUUUUUAUAAUAAUAAAUUGAGGUAGGAGGGCUUAUAACCAUACUAUUUGGUUACUGUCUCAGGAAAACCCACUGUUUGUCUCAAUUAGCUAUGUCUGCUUACGUGACCAUAGGGUGAGAAUGGAUCUACUGCAACCCCAAACUGAGGUACUUUGGUUAAAAUAUGGCUUGCACAAUUUAAGGAUAACACAGUGAGGAAUUUAGAAAUGGGAAGCCCCUCAAAGACCAUCUAGUCCAACUUCCUCAUUUUGUAGACAAGGAAACGGAGGCCUGGAGAAGUUAAAUGACUUGCCUGGGGGGGGGGUCUCAGGUAGUAAGCAUCAGAGGCAGGAUUUGAAACCAGGUCCUCUGAUUCCAGAGCCAGCACUCUUUCCACUGUACCACACUGCCUCCACUUUUACUGAAUAUACACUUGACUUCCAUGAGAAGCAGUCACACAAGAGAAUUGCUAACAUUUUAUCGAAACCCCCCAAAAAAUAACAGCAGAUUUAGCCUAAAUAAUAGGAAGCACACUGGGAUAGCUAACAAAUAUCAAGAAAUGCAACCAUUAGUUCUGAUUGAAAAGCAGAUCUUAAUUUUAUUUACAUGAAGUUUAAUAUUUUAUUGAGCUAAAGAGUUCAGAAAGUUUGCAUCUUUUAAAACAAUUAAUAAUUAUAAGCUCCCUUUUUACAACCCAGGCUUCAGUUACCAUAUUCUACCCCAAACUUAGGUAUUUUGUUUUGAUUUUAAGUAUGAGCCAUUUUAGUAACUGGCCCUGUAAGGACAGAAACUUGUGGUGCAAUUAACCAUUAACUAGAAGAAUUCUAAUUUAGGGUGUUACUAAAGUAGUUUGAUAAUUUUUAUAUGAAAGAUUCAGUAUAAUAAAUAUAAGAAAAGGGGAUUUACUCUACUUAUUGAACGUCUGUCUAAAGUCUUAAGUAAUUAUUUUUCUCAAAAUGAUUUGUAAAUAGUUAUGGAAUCUAUAGAAUAAUAGAUAACCUAGAGUAAAUAAUGAGCUGUAUCAGUGUGACAUGGAGGCAUGCACUUUUCUUAUUGUUAAAUGAGAAUUGUUCUAAUGGUCAGUGAAUAUAUGCAUGGAGAAUGUGUUAUACUCCAUCUCAUAUUUACUCUGUGGUCAUCUAUUAUCUAUAAUAUAUACUUUUAAAUGAUUUUUAAAGAUUUUUAAAGUUAAAAUGGUGACUUUUUUCAUUAUUAACAAUUUAGCUGUCCCUUUAAAUGAUGUCAAUGAAAGGGCACUAGAGCUCUCACAGUCUACAAACAGGCCUCUUUCUCAUCAGACAUACACUUCCAGAAUUUCUUCCUAUACAUUGCAUUUCUUACAGCAUAUAUUGUUUACUGUUGUACCAACUUAGAUAAGAUAUAAGGACAGUAAAUACAAUUGCUAGUUAACAGGGAAUACUAAAGGAGGUAUGGUUUAAGGUGACUAUUUCAAAAGGGCUAGAAACUGUUAAAAUAUGAGUUCAAUAAAAAUCCCUCAAACAAAAUGAUUCUUCUGGGGAGGGAAGUUUAAUCCUUGAAAAACAAUAGGAAAUCAGAAUUGUUUAUUAUUUUUGGUAACAAAUAAAAAUAUAUUAAUAUGCAGUGUAUAAUAUGACUUCAAAAAAUGUAACACUAAUUCACUACAGGAAGUUCCCACUUGAUAUUUUAAAGAAGAAAAAUUCAUCGGUACUUUUCACAUUGUUUAUGCAAGGUUAUAUACAUAGACAUUUUUAGAAAUUAAUUUUAGAUAUACAGUUUCCCCUAAUUAAGACUCAUUUGUGGAAGGGUACUACAGCUCUCAUUGACAUCAGUAAGGUAGCUUUACAAAUUUAUUUUCUGCAGCAUCUUACAGAGUAAACUUUUUCACAUAUGUGUAUAUAUGUGUGUGUGUGUGUAUACAUAUACACACAUACAUAUACACACCACAGAGAGAGUGUAUGUACAUAUAUUGACUUGUUACAUGUUGUUAAAAUUGGUUUUUAAAAGGUGAUGUAAAUAGUGAUUUCCUUAAUGAAAAAUACAUAUUUUGUAUUCUAAUUCAGAGGAAAAGCCUUUUAAUCUCUUUUAAGUUCUGUAUAGAUAAUGUAUAAGUGUAAAUAUGAUCAGAUAGGUUUAAAUUUUUUUGCAUGUAUGUAUACGGUUGCAAGUCUGGGAAGAAUGUAUAAAAUAAACUUUUUAUUUAAAGUUGUGAUUACCUGCUGCAUGAAACAUGCAUGGGGGACCCUGUGCAUAUGACAAAAUGUCUUAAGUCAAAUCAAAUGUUCAUCAAAAAACAACAGUAUUCCAUUUCAGGACAUAACUUUUUUUUUUUUUUUUUUUUUUUUUUUUUGCUGUGGUAUUUUACUUUUGUGAAAUAACGUGUUUUAAAUUCAGGUUUCUAAAAGAAUCAAGUUAAUGAUUUUUUUCAACUUAACCUACACAAUUAAGGUCAUCAAGUUUUAAUUCCAUUGAAAACAAAAAAAAAUUUAUUAGGAAUAUUCCAAUAUUAGAAAAUAAUGGAAUAUUAUAUUACCAUUCAUGAUAUAGAUUAUGAGGUUUACACAACCAAUUUUGUUAUGAUGUGCUCAAUAUAACUUGUCAUUUUUUAUUAGAAAUUUAAUUUUUUCAUGUAGUGUCAUGAAACUGUGCAUACUGCAGUGUGAAGUUUUUUUUGUGUUGUUGUUGUUUGUUUUUUGUUUUUAUUUUUAAAUCUUUUGGUGUUUACUUCCUGCAGUGGAUUUGAAUAAAUGAGAAAAAUGCAUUGUCUUGUUUGGAAUUACUUUUAUUUUUGUUGUUAUCCAGUUCUUGUAUUUUACAAUAAUAGAGUAUGUGAGUGAAAAUCCUUGAACAUGAAAAUAACAAAUCUUCAAGGACUAUUUGUGCCCUUCAAGGAAAAAAAAAAAGGUAGUAAAACUAAUAUUUAUCAAGUUAGUACAGCCUGUAAGAAUGCAGUUAAGAAAUUUCAAUUCAUCAUAACUUAAAUUUUGAUAUCAUAUAUAUCACCACUCUAGCAAUUGAAAUGCAAGUAUUUGUAUGUAUGUGUUACUUCUCUUUAUUCUGUACUUAAUCUUAAGAGUUAUGUCUGAAGACAGUUUUCAUUUUUGUUUUUGGCUAUUUUUCAGUGAUUCAUGUUUUUUAAGCAAUAAAUAUUGAGAUCAUCUUUUCAGAAAUGGAUCACUGAAAUAGUUGUAGUAGAAAGGAAUCACAAUCUGGCAAUAUAGCUGGCAAUAUAGGAGAGUAUAAAUGCUGUUGUGGUCGGAUAUCAAAAGAAAACAAAUUAAUCAUAAAAAAUAUUCCAGUAAGAAGUUAUAUUUAUGCAAGGUUAUAUACAUAAACAUUUUUAGAAAUUAAUUUUAGAUAUUGUUUCCCCUAAUUAAGACCAUUUGUGAAAGGGUACUACAGCUCUCACUGACAUCAGUUAAGUAACUUUACCAGUUUAUUUUACAAAUAAAGAUUUUUUUUGAACUUAUGGCCUACCUGCCAUAAAGUUCCACAAUUUCCUAUAGGUAUAAUUGAGUCUGUUUAUUUCGUAGGUAGCCAGUACUCAGCCAACUUUUCCUUAUAGUCACAAGCUAGCCUGACAUUUUUAGCCAAAAAAUUUUACCUAAGUACAUACAAACUACUAGUAUUAUGUACUAAUACAUCUUCUGCUAGCAGGCAUAGAUCAAUUAAUAAUUGUAACAACCUAAAUGUAAUUUUUCAUGUGACUUUUUAAACUUAAUGAUAUUAUUUUUCCUCAAUUAAAUAAAAAGAUAGUUUUUGACAUUCACCUUAGUAAGAUUUUAAGUUUCAAACUUUUCUGCCUUCCCCAAGACAGCAAGCAGUCUUCUUUAAAUUACACACGUAUAGUCAUGUUAAACAUUUCCACACUAGACAUGUAAAAGAAGACUGAACAAAAGGGGAAAAUCAUGAGAAAGGAAAAAAAAGAAAAUUGUGUGCUUCUCAUGUGACUUCUAUUCAGGGAUUUUUGGAUUGACUGUCCCUAUUAAGGAAUUCCUUUUCAAUAUUUCAACUAAAAAUUUCUGAGUCCAAGAUGGAAUUUUUAGUGGUUUUCAUAUUGUGUGUAACCUAUCUUGAUAUCUUGAUAUGCCAAUUUACUUAAUUUAUGAAUAUCCAAUCAGAUAUUUAGAUGAGCACCUACUCUGUUAAAUGUAUUUUUUUUAAGCUUCAGCAUCUUCAAUACAAAUGAUUUUUAUAAUUUGUGACAGAAGAAGAAAGCUGAAAAUAGAAUAUUACCCAACUUAGAUUUUGAAGAACAGAUUGCAAAAGAUUCAGAAGAAGAUAGGUAAGAAAUAAUAGGUUGAAUGUAUAGAAUAUUCACCUGGGGAGUAACUAAUAGUUCCCCAAAAUGAAAUUCUAAGAAUUGAAACUUUGUUCAAGGAUCAAAAAAAAAAUUUUAUAACAAAAUUAAUGUGUAUGCAUAGGAAAUUCAUCAGCCAAUUGGGGGGUGUUUGUUUUCUUUUGUAAUAUGGGAACAUUAACUAUUAAACUUGAAGAUCUUUUGUUUUGACAUCA